CCGGGACACGUGGAGGAAGCCGCCGUGCUGGCGCAGGCGUCCUCAGCUCGCUUGCUCACUCAGUCGCUGCGGUGGGAGCUUUCUGACCCGCGGAACCCUCAGAGAGUCUGGCAGAAAUGUCGAACGCAAAAGAAAGAAAACAUGCUAAGAAAAUGAGGAACCAGCCCACUAAUGUGACUUUAGCCUCUGGCUUUAGGGCUGAAAGAGGUGGAAAGCACCAUUUUGGAGCAGGGAGACCUUUUCAAUCUCAAAAACAAGAACUUCAUUCUGGAACCUCACAGCAGUGGCAGAACAAGAUGAGUCCCCACUUGCUCCCUGAGUCUGAUGGGAAUGAGCAAUCUUCCUCCAAAAUCAUGUUUAAGAAAAAGGGAGGCUGGAAAGCGGGUCCUGAGGGCACGUCCCAGGAGAUCCCCAAAUACAUAACCGCCUCUACUUUUGCCCAAGCACGCGCUGCUGAAAUCAGUGCUAUGUUAAAAGCUGUGGCCCAGAAGUCAUCGAAUUCGCUGGUUUUUCAGACUCUUCCAAGGCACAUGAGGCGAAGAGCCAUGAGCCACAAUGUCAAACGCCUUCCUCGACGGUUGCAGGAGUUGGCCAAAAAAGAGGCAGAGAAAGCUGCUCAUCAGAAAAAGGAGCUUUCAAAAAAUAAAUGCCACAAAGCCCGAAGAUGUCACAUAAACCGGACGCUGGAAUUUAACCGUAGACAGAAGAAGAACAUAUGGUUGGAGACUCACAUCUGGCAUGCCAAACGCUUUCACAUGGUGAAGAGGUGGGGCUACUGCCUCGGGGAGAGGCCCACGUCCAAGAGCCACCGGGCCAGCUACCGCGCCAUGACGAACCUCUGCCUCCUUCAGGACUUAUCGUAUUACUGCUGUUUGGAGUUGAAGGGCAAAGAGGAGGAAAUACUGAGGGCACUUUCUCAGAUGUGUAGCACAGACACAGGACUGACCUUCGCUGCAGUUCACUGCUUGUCUGGAAAGCGACAAGGGAGUCUCGUGCUUUACCGGGCAAAUACGUAUCCCCGAGAAACGCUGGGGCCUGUCACGUUUCUCUGGAAGCCUAGGAAGACCACGGGGGAUACGUCUGAGGAUAGGCAGCUGUGGAUCUGGCUUCACCCGACCCUUAAGCUGCUUACUAGUAUAGUCUGGUUCUUUGCUUAUAACACCUGUGCCUCUCACGGGCCUCUGCGAUUCAUGAUGGUCAGCAGGCCAGGAGGCGUUCCUGUUUUCCAGGAGGAAGAGGAUGCAGAGGAGACAGCCCAUCACUGGUGGAGCGACACUUGCAAGAGCUCUGAUGGCGCUGUCCUUCAUCAAAGACAAGAAGCCAUCUUUCAGCUGCUGGGAGGAGUCUCCUCACCAGCGGAAAUUCCUGCAGGUACUAUUCUGGGAUUGACAGUGAGGGAUCCGAGAACGAAUUUGCCCCCACAGCGGGCCAAAGCUUUGCCGCAUCCGGAAAGACACCAAGAUAAUGAGCAAGUUAGACAGCUGCUUCUGGAGGGCGUGCCCGUGGAGUGUGCCCACAGCUUCAUCUGGAGCCGUGAUAUCUGUAGGAGUGUCACAGAGAGUAAAAUCUCGGAUCAGGAUUUAAAUCGGAUGAGAAGUGAAUUGCUGGUGCCAGGGUCACAGCUUGUUUUAGGGCCUCAAGAAUCCAAGAUUCCUAUUCUUUUGAUCCAACAGCCAGGAAAAGUGACUGGCGAAGACCGGCUGGGCUGGGGAAGUGGCUGGGAUGUCCUCCUUCCCAAGGGUUGGGGCAUGGCUUUUUGGAUUCCAUUUAUCUACCGAGGUGCAAGAGUUGGGGGGUUGAAAGAGACGACAGUGCAUUCUCAGUAUCGAAGAUCACCUAACAUCCCAGGUGACUUCCCAGACUGCCUUGCUGGGGCUCUGUUUGCUGAAGAUCAAGCUAAGGAUCUUCUAGAAAGCUACAAAAGACGCCCUCCUGCCAAAAGGCCCAACUAUGUUAAGUUUGGCACGUUGGCACCUUUCUGCUGUCCCUGGGAGCAGCUGACUCAGGACUGGGAGUCCCGGGUUCAGGCCACAGAGGCAUCUCCUAUAACCUCAGUACCUGGUGCUCAAGACAACCCAAGACAACUCGCAGUGUCCUGUGUCUCUGAAGAGCUCUGCCAGUCUAAUGAGGCAGAUAUAUCAGAAAACCACCCCACAAAGCCAGAAGACACAGGCUGUCAAGCACAGGCAGGGACCGAGAUGGUCUUAGAGCACAGUGCCAGUGAGAGCCACGCCGCUGCCGCUAGCUGGCUCUGUGUUCUGCGGAGUAGGAAAUUACUGAAGCAACUCUCUGCUUGGUGUGGGCCCAGUUCUGAGGCCAGGCGGGCUCCCUGCAGUGGCCAGCGAGAACUGACCAGAAAGGCCUACUUGUCCAUUCUGGAUGAUUUCCCCAGAGCCCUGGUGUGGGUCAGCCUGUCCCUGCUCAGAAAGGGCAGCCCUGAGCCUCGCGCCAUGAUCUGUGUCCCGUCCAAAGAGGACCUGCUCCAGCUCAGUCAGAAUUCUUGUUACCAUGGACCCGUGGAAUCAAGACACAGCGACCCAUUCAAAAGCCUGAUUCUGAAAGAGAAAGAAAAGAAGAAAAUGGAGAAGAGGCAGAGCCGAGAGCUCGCUGCCUCCACGGGCCUGGCAGCCGGGGCGCCCACAGCUGAGCAGGAAGCUCUGAUAAGGGGGCUUUGGUCCGGCCCCCUCCCGGGACUGACGUCACACUGCUCCAGAGUCCUCCUGGGCUUCGUCACACAGGGGGAUUUCUCUAUGGCCGUGGGCUGUGGAGAAGCCUUGGGGUUUGUUAGAUUGACUGGCUUGCUGGAAAUGCUGUCCAGCCAGCCGGCAGCCACAAGGGGCCUGGUGCUGCUGCGACCACCCGCCUCUCUGCAGUAUCGGUUUGCAAGAAUUGCCAUUGAGGUGUGAAUUCGGGUUCUAUGGAAUCUGUGCCUGGCUGGACAUGGAGCGCAGCUGUUUUUGUUGACUCCCGUGGGAGUCUUGGCUGCUUUUGUCGUCUGUUACAGUGUGCAGCUUGAAACAAGAAUUAAAAUGAUACAGUUAUGUGGAUGGCAGUCGGUUUACCUUAUCUUAAUAAUCUGUUCCCAUCUUUUCCUUACCCGGAAUAUGUUCAGUUGUUUAAUGUGUUAGAUGAACACUUUGUAUUAAAGUAAUGUGACCCACCCCAGA